GAGCAGAGAGGGAGGAGGUGACAGACUGCUCGUGCUGGAUGAUCAUAUUCUAUUUUCUUUUUCGGCUGUCAUGCAAACCCUCGCUGACUUUCUCAGUAAUAACAGUGUGAGUGAGACGGGUUGGAAGAGCGUCUCUUUCAGCGUUUCUUCUUUUCUCAACCUGCAGGAUCUUCCCACUCAGAUUAUGACUGGUGUUGUGACAUUCACCCCUGGCGUCUCCCUCAACCAUUUCCAACUGCGUGAAGAAAAGUGAAAAGCAGUUUUAAUGAAUCAGUAUUCGCUCGCCGACGCCAUGACAGACAACUUGAGAAUUUUAUAAUUCUCUCCAGAGGAAGAGCGUCGCAUCUUGUAAGGAGCCACAGAGGAAACUUCACAGUUCCGAAGUUAUCAGAGUCUAAUAUGGGAUUUGGCGUGCUGGGAGUGUUUCUGGGGCUGCUCCUAGAGGUCUCCACCCAUGGACCCCACGCUGUGCCUCGAACCUCCUGGAGACAUCAAGAUCUAGAUCUGAUGGAGUUCUCUGAGCCUGACAUCUAUAACUACUCCACAUUGUUGUUGAGUGAGAAAAGAGACGCACUGUAUGUGGGAGCCAGGGAGGCCAUCUUUGAGCUCAGCAAGAAGAAUGUGACGGUCAAAAACAACAAGGUUCAAUGGACAGUUGCAGAAAACCCCAUGUUGAUGUGCACGCUCAAAGGGAAAUCAAAAGAGAGGGAUUGUCUAAACUACAUCCGAGUGCUCCAAGUCGUAGAUGAUGAGCGGCUGUAUGUCUGCGGCACGCAUGCCUUUCAACCACAGUGUGACUACUUGAACCUGGCUGACUUUUCGUUGGACGGUCGACCCGAGGACGGCCGGGGGAAGUGCUCCUUUGACCCGUCACAGAGCUUCACUACUGUCAUGGUUGAUGGAGCGCUGUACUCGGGGACAGCUUAUAACUUCUUAGGCAGUGAACCGAUUAUUUCCAGAUACUCUCCAUCACAGCCACUGCUGAGGACGGAGUACUCCACAUCAUGGCUCAAUGAGCCCAGUUUUGUUUUUGCUGACGUGAUCAGUGAAGGGACAAACAGAGUAGAUGGCGAGGACGAUAAAAUCUACUACUUCUUCACCGAGGUGUCAGUGGAGUACGAAUUCUUUGGCAAGCUGCUCAUCCCCAGGGUGGCGCGCGUCUGUAAGGGUGACCUCGGGGGGCAGCGCACUCUGCAGAAGAAAUGGACGUCCUUCCUGAAAGCCAAGCUGGUGUGCUCCAUGCCUGAGCUCAACUUUGUUUUCAAUGUAGUGCACGAUGUCUUCAUUCUGAAGGGGGCAGACUGGAAGGACACAGUCAUCUAUGGGGUCUUCACCUCGCAGUGGGGUAACGUGGGCUUGUCAGCAGUGUGCGCUUACAACAUGACAGCUGUGGAAGAAGUCUUCUCCAAGGGCAAGUACAUGCAGAAGGCCACAGUGGAGCAGUCCCACACCAAGUGGGUCCGAUACAACGGCAUCACUCCCACUCCUCGUCCUGGAGCAUGUAUUAACAGCCAGUUGCGACAGCAGAACAUCAACAGCUCUCUCCACCUGCCAGACAAGACCCUCCAGUUUGUGAAGGACCACCCUCUGCUGGAGGACCCCGUGGUGCCCAUCGGCAACGGCCCUCGUCUCAUCACCAAAGACGUCAACUACACUCAGAUCGUGGUGGAGAGGGUCCGCGCGUUGGAUAGGAACAUUUACGACGUAAUCUUCACUGGAACUGAUAAGGGAGUCCUGCACAAGUCAGUGGUGUAUGAAGGAGAAGUGCACAUUGUGGAGGAGAUCCAGCUCCUGAAGAACUCUGAGUCCAUCAAGAACCUGCUGCUCUCCUCUGAGACACGAUCCCUGUACGCUGGCUCAGACUCGGGUGUAGUACAGUCCCCUACAGCCUUCUGUGGCCGCUAUCUAUCCUGUGUAGACUGUGUGCUGGCUCGAGACCCGUACUGUGCCUGGGACCCUCACACUGCUGCUUGUGUCAAUAUCUUUGAUGCUCCCAGUCAACGGCUUAGGAAGCUAGUCCAGAGUCUGAAUGGUGAUGCAGACAAGUGUCCUUCAGCGCCAGCUCUGUCUCUGAAGGACUACCAGCGUGUGACAGUGAAACCAGGGAGCUCUGCCGAGCUGCCGUGCCUGGUCCACUCCAACCUGGCCCAGGUGAUGUGGAAAUCCAACGACUCCAUUCUCACCGAGGCCUCUCGCUUCCACCUCAUAGGCGAAAACGGUCUCCUUAUUUACAGCGUCGCUCCAGAGGAUCAAGGUCACUACGAGUGCUGGUCAGUGGAGUGGGCCCCCGCUGCUGGGAAAAACUUCAGCCGCCUCCUGGCUGGAUACGUCCUCACUCUGGACCUCCCACCCAGAGCCCCUCACCAGGCAGGGCACGUGACCACCACCCUCGGCAGCCAGGAGACAUCUAGCACGCAUGCAGCUGAAGGUAAUGGUAAGACAGACAGAGCCCUACUAACGUCGGCCCUUGCCUCUCCCAGCUUCACAGCCACAGUCCAAUUCACCUCCCCACCCCAAACUGACUCAUCACUAACCCCGCCGCCCAGCAGCACAAUCAAGUUCCAGCCGAAGCCGCAUCUUCCCCUGAGCUCCAAUGCUCCCCGCCCAGACAGCCGAGACCCAGCGGCGGAGUAUUUGCAGCACAACAACAGCACCGCCCUCCUCUUCCUCUUCCUCCUGUUUUUCCUCCUCUUCCUGGCUGCGUUAGCGUACAACUGCUACAUGCAGUAUCUCCCAGCUCCCUGCCUGCGGAUGCGAGCGGCUCUGCUGGGCAGUCACAAGAGCGCCAAUCAGCCGGAGUAUCUGGCCUGUGAAGCAGGUCUAAUGGAGGCAUCCGCGACUGAUAAAAUUAACAUGACGGAGCAACCGACGCAGAACGGCAGCCAGAGCACUCAAAACCUCCGGGCGCUCCGCGACACCGGGUACGAGACUGAGCCGGAGUGCGGCAACGGUCAGAUACCCUCUCGCGCUUUCGGAGGAGACAGCCCGUCUCAGGAGAAACCCUUCGAUGUGGACUGUGAAUCUCAGCCCAUCCAGUUUGCAGAUGCAGAUGAACCUUACUGCUAGCCAGAAGCUUCUGUCCUGCUUUAGUUUCUCUCAGCAUACAGACUGUUUGUUUUAUUGGGGGUCAUGCUUUGGCUGCAUCUUCCAACUUACAAGUCCAAGUGGUUUCCUCCUAUAUGAAAGUAUGUUCACAUGAAGUUUAAUCAUCACAAGGCUUAAAGUCAUCCUGAAGAUUUUCAUUCAGAUAAAUGUCUGUUUAGUCACCAUCUGUCACCGAAUGAGGUAACACAAUGGUGACUGAGCCAGUGGCCCGCUGAGGAAAGCCCUUGCAGUGGCGUUAUUGUGUCUGUGGCGACAUUUCUGGAAACAAAUCCCAAGCGGCACAGUUAGUGGCUGCUUUACAUCCUCCAGCAGUGGUUGGUCUGCCAGAGGGGGUGGGUGGAGACUCGAUUAGCUGCAUUUUUUUUAGGUUUCUCCUAGUGUUGUGAGUAAACGGUUACUUUGGCUGAAAAACACAAAGAAAAGAGUGAUGACUACAGACGACGAAACUUCAAAAUACAAGUGAAAGUUGGAUCUAAAAAACACACCUGCAAUUACCGCGUAUUGCCAUAGUUGCAGCUAAAACGGAGAUCUCCGAUAUUUUAACUUCAAGGAUUAUGUCACACUCAAAAUUAUGUUCUCUUAUAUAUAUAUAUAUAUGAAUUAUUCACCCUCGGUUUACCCUAAAGUUGUGAAGAAAACGUUGUUUUUGUCACAAUCCUUUAUGAAUUGAAGUAAUUGGAAGCUAUGUUUAACAGCAGCAAAACUAUAUCAAAACAUCUGUUUGCAAACUCACACAAUUACAGCUGCUCCCCAAACACAUGAAUUCUUGCUAUAAUCUCUCAACAGUGAGACUUGGAUUAUUCUGCAUGAGUUAUUUUAGAGUUUGUAAACAGGUGUUUUGAUACAUUUUUGCUGUUGCUAAAUUUAAAUUUACUUGCAGACGCUUGGAGGAAAAAAGUUUUCUUAAAGAAUUCUAGGUAACAUUGGGUGAGUACACAAAUGACCAUUCUGGGGGUUACAUUUUUCUUUAAGUCAGGCGUGCCAUUUGUCUAUAGAGACUGAACUCUGAUUUAGGGCUUAUGAUGAUAAAGCAAAAACUGUGUCUACAGAAGCUGCACCCUCUCAGCUUAGGUCCAGCAAGAGAAGCUAUUUCUUAAAUUCCAAAUUGGAAACAUUGUUUACCAAAUUGGUAAGUUACCUUGAUGUUUUCCAAAUUGGAGUCAUGUUUUUUUGUACAGCCUGAGUAAAAAAAAAAAAAAUCUCUUGAAGCUUUUGCAUCUCUCUUGGAAGCGACGUGUAGGCUAUUGGACUUGGGUAAAUGCUUCAUCGUUACAGUAAUUUCUCAGGGAAGAUUUGCUCAGUACGUUUUGGCCUAGCUUUGUUUGUACAGUGUUGCCAUCUGCAGCACCUGGUAUGUGGGCCUUAAUCUCACCCUGUGAGGUGGCAGUGGAGGGUUUGAAGGUCCGAAAAAGAGACGUGGACAAGCGACAACUUGCAUGAUAGAAAAAUGCUGGAAUAAAUCAAACCACUGUCCUGUGUAGAGUUGUCUUUGAGUGACAAAGUUUCUCUGUAUUUUAUUUUUUUUCCUUCCUGUGAAGUCGACAUUCCUACAUGGAUACAACUCUGAUGGUCCUGUUUAUUAACCUCUACUAGUAAUUGUCCAUUAUGUGGUCUGUUAUAUAUGACGUGAUGACUCGAUCGUCAGCCCUUGAAACGAUCUUUAAAAGUUAUUUUUUAUUAUUUUUGAUUAAGCCUUCAUUUUUAGAACUGUUUCAGAGAAUUAUUAUUUAAAAAGUCACAUCAUUUUGUCUAUUGUGUAAGUAGUUGUGAUCUUCAUUUGUUUUUAUUUAUUGCAGCAGAUUUUUAAUUUUUUUUUAGAUCCUAGCCCAUUAGUCUCCCUCGUGUCUGUGUUGCAUGUCACCUCCUGUUUAGAUUUUCCUCAACACUCUCUUUUCCCAUCACUCCCUCCCUCACAGCCUCCUCUCCUGUCGACACUUCAUCUUCCCUGUCCUCUUCUGGCGGUAGCACUCCCUCUGCCCUCCCUUCCUCCUCCUCCUCUUCCUCCUCUUCUUCCUCCACCUCUUCCUCCAUGAAGCCCCACAGUGUGGAGGCGCGGGAGGCAGAGGUGAGACUGUUGCCUCCCCUGCUGAAGGACCAGGCCUGGGGGGUUCACGCCCAGGAGGCCUUCCUGCUCUUCUGCCUGGCUCUGGGUGAGUGGUGUCUGUGACAUUAACUCACCUGAACUGGAAUCCUCUCACUUUAUAACCCUCCUUCUUUUCUCUCAUUCUCUCCCCAUUCUGCAUGUUGCAUGUUACCAUUUCCCAAACAUAAACUAACUGGGAGUGUGUGUGUGUGUGUGUGUGUUUCUGCUUAAAUCAAGCCUGCCCUUUCUUUGCGUCAAGGCAUCUGACUCGUGGAGAACUGUUUGUCUCCAUUUUUUUUAGGUGUCUGGAAAGAUACCUGUUUAAUGAACGAAUGUUUAAAAAGACAAUAUUCUCAAUUAAACUGUCAACCUCUCAGUGAUCUCACAAUUCUCAACUCUAUGUUAAUGAAAGGUACAGUUUUGUGUAUAGUAUUAUGUAACAACCGUCUGUAAAAUUUAGAAGUGAAUCCUUUCUAUCCAGGGUGUUAUUGUAGGCUCUAAUGUCUUACAUCUCAAUACUUUAUCUGGAUCAUUUUUUGUGCCUGUAAACAAAUGUAAAUAUAUUUGUAUAUAUGGAAAAAUACCAUUUGAAGAUGUACAUAAAUCUAGGGGACACUUUGGGACUACUGCUCUUGGUAGGGAGGCUAAAUAAAUCCUGUCAAAUGUUUUCAA